AAUUCUUAUCUUCAGUAUCAUUGGCCCCUUUUCCAUUGUAUCACGGAAAUGAUGAUUCCUCUUCUUCAGAAAUUCAAACCUUUUCUUCUGUUUUUUAUCACAAUCUUUGUGCUGAAUUUCGGAUUCAUCACUUGCCAGUCACCCUGGAAUUUGCCCAAAUGUUUUGAUGAAUUUAAUACCUCAGAAAAUUAUCAAUCUAACGUUGAAGCCCUGAUGGAAGUUUUUUCCUCCAAAUCUUCCCAAUAUACCUUCUACAAUGAUUCUUUUAGAGGAGUCUAUGGCCUGUUUCUCUGUAGAGGUGAUGUUGAUAGUAGCACUUGCCAAAGGUGCAUCAAUGAUGCUACCGUAGAUCUGCCAAAAACUUGCUCUUCUUCUCAUCGAGGUGGAGUCAUCUGGUAUGAAAAAUGCCUGUUACGCUACUCGAAUACCGAUUUCUUCGGUGAAAUGAUAUUUACGCCAGACUCAUAUGUCUAUAUGAGGAAUCUAGAAAGCAAUACUUCACUUGAAGAGGACUCGGCGGUACUUAAUUUGCUAAAUGAAGCGAUUGAGCAAGCUGCUCAGAACUCAUCAAAGCUAUAUGGGACCCAGGAAGGAGUUGUGCCUAGUAAUGUGGCUCGGAAAAUAUAUGUCCUGGUGCAGUGCACAGGAGAUCUCAAUAGAAGUUUAUGUCACUCUUGUUUGAAGGAAAUAACUGAUCAAAUCCCGAAUUGUUGCCAGGGGUGGGCAGGGUGGCGCUUCUUAACCCCAAGUUGCCUUGCAAGAUUUGAAGAAUACGCUUUCUAUACACCACCUGCUCCUGGAGCACCACAGCCUGCUCCUGCAGCACCUCAGCUUGUUCCUACGGUUCCAGGUCCCAUGCCCAAUAGAGUAUAUGUACUAGCAGGGAAUGGGGGAAAAAGGACAAAGGUUGUGAUCAUCUCUUUAUCAUCAUUAGCAGCUGCCCUUGCAUUCAUUCUUGCUGGCUUCUUAUGUUUUUCAUUCUGCACGAAAGGACUGAAAGGAGGAGGAACAAAUGGAGAGAUUCUGUUAAGAAAUUCUCAAGGCCCAAAUCAAAGCCGCAUUGUCGAGACAGGUAUAAAUGAAGCUGAAGAAGAACACAGUGAGGAGAUGCAUUACUUUAGUUUAGCUGAAAUACAGGCUGCAACAAACAAUUUCUCUGAUGCCAAUAAGCUGGGAGAAGGAGGUUUUGGUCCUGUUUACAAGGGAAUAAUGCAUAAUGGGAGAGAAGUAGCUGUCAAAAGGCUUUCAAUGACAUCGAAUCAAGGUGUUCAAGAGUUCGAGAAUGAAGUGAAGUUAAUCAUUAAACUACAACACAAAAAUCUUGUGAGGCUUUUGGGAUACUGCCUAGAGAAAGAUGAAAAGCUUCUUGUCUACGAGUACAUGGCCAACACUAGCUUGGAUGCUUUUCUAUUUGAUGCAACAAAAUGCAAGCUAUUAGAAUGGGCGACGAGAGCAAAUAUCAUUAAUGGGACUGCAAAGGGCAUGCAGUAUCUGCAUGAGGAUUCUCGGCUAAAAAUAAUCCAUAGGGAUAUGAAGGCAAGCAAUAUUCUCUUGGACAAUGAGAUGAAUCCCAAGAUAUCAGAUUUUGGCACUGCUAGAAUCUUUGGAGUUAGACAAAUGGAAGCCAACACUGAGAGAGUUGUCGGAACAUGUGGAUACAUGGCACCAGAAUAUGCACUAGAAGGACAGAUCUCUGUAAAAUCUGAUGUUUAUAGCUUUGGAAUCCUAAUGCUAGAAAUAAUAAGUGGUAAAAAGAACAAGGGAUUCUCCACCUCAGAUUGUGGGCAAAGCCUUCUAGCAUAUGCGUGGAUGCUAUGGAGUGAAGGUAAAGCAGUGGAAUUGAUAGAUCCAAACAUUGUCAACAACUGUCCCAAGCAGGAUGUUCUAAGAUGGAUUCAAAUUGCAUUACUUUGUGUCCAAGAUGACCCUGCGCAUCGGCCUACAAUGUCAUCAGUUGUUAUCAUGCUUGGUAGCAAGUCAAUAAACCUCCCCCAACCAUCAGCAGCGCCGUAUUCUGCAGCGAGAAUUCUUGCAUUGUCUGAUUAUUCUUCAAGCAGUGGGGGAAACAUGGGAUCUCAUAUAUCCGAUCAAUCUACAACCAACAGUACUACCUAGUUUCUUUUUUAAAAUAAAUGUAACUUUAAUUAACUAGUUAAUGUUGGAAUUGUUGUUAGAGUUGUGGCAUUGAAACCUGCAAAAAUGAUGAAAUAACGCUGCCGUGAAAUGGCAGCAAUGAAACUGAAAAUUGACAGCUGAUCAAGAUGCAAUUUGACAGCAAGUUAGCUGCAUUGUCAUUUUCAUGUUGAUAACAGAAAAUUGAAGUAGCAAAUCACGAAGAUGAUGCUGUGAAAUGCAAAUGCAAAUGAAGAUGAAGGCUUCAAGUUGGUGGCUGUCUUUUACUAGUUUUUGAUGUACUUGAUUGUUGCCUUUUUAUGUCGAAAAGUUGCUCAGACAAAACAAAAAAACAUUAAGUAGAAUACUCUUUAAAUUGGUUUUAGGUUGUUUUUCUACUAUUUAGAGCAGAGUUUGUUAAUGAGAAAUUUGAGUUUU